UCUAAAUAUAGUUAACCGGAAGCACAUGCUGGAAAAAGGUAAACAUGUUCAGACACGUUCGGGAAAACUUUAGUCUUUACAAAAAUAGAUAGAUUCACCACUGCAAUCGAAUGAAGUAUUACACGGAAAAUGUCAAUGACAGACCAAACAGAUCAUGACAAGCACAAUUACACUGUAAGCAGUCGAGUAACAUCAAGCCAAGUAAACAUGUGCAAUAAUCCAAAUCUAAUUGUACGACAGCCUCCUGAUGCAUACAGUUCAGCUGCAGGAUCAAAUAUAUCUACUUUGAAGCAACUUACAGAGUCCCAUUACAUAACAACUGAAGAAUGUGUAGUCAAUUAUCCUAUGGUAAGACCAAGACGUGAAUUUCUUGACAUACUUAAACAAGUAGGUGCGUCAUGGGAAGUAUUAACCAGGAAAGAGGUCUGUAGUUAUCUGAAGGAUUACAUUGGUAGCAGACAGUUGUAUAAUCCAAAUGACCCUAGUAUAGUGUUCUGUAAAAAAGAUCCUCUGGGAAAAGUAUUUGGAGUUGAAAAGUUUACCUUCACAGAAGCAACGAAAUUGAUAGAUGCCAACUGCGACCAAUUGCCUGACUCAUGUACAGUUAAGAAAGAACAAUUAGUCGCUAGACCAAAGAAAAGAAAUAAUUCAUCAAAUCAAGUAAAACAGAUAGUGACUGUUUCUUGUCCAAAGUUGAUUGACAUACUCGUACAUAGUCCCAGUACACAGACAGGGGAACAGCAGAAUGGACAGAAUAAUUCCCACGGUCAAACAUCAGACACAAGUGCCCACAGAGCACAAAAUUUGUCAGCUGCACCUACUGGCAGGAGAAGACAUAGAUGGGUUUCUGAAAGGGACAAUUCAGAACCAGAUAUAAUAGCCAUAGAGUUAGAUGCUUACAAUGAUGAGGAAGUUAUAGGUGUAGAGGUUGAAACCAAUGGUACUGAGGAUGUUAUAUCUGUAGAGGUUGAUGCUGACAGAAUCUCAUUCGAGUAUGAAGUCUGUUCAGAUGAGGAUGAUAUUAUAUCCAGCACAGCCAGUGUAUCAGGAAUCUCAGAUACUAAUGUAGUGAUAAUAUGUGGUGAUAGUGAUAUGGAAUUCUGGGGUGAUUCUGAUUCAAGUGAUUCAGAAUUAUCAGAUGGGGAUAAAUGGACGUGUACAGAAUGUGAAACGAAAAACUCUCCUUUACAUGGUCACUGCGUACAUUGUAAAAAAGUACGUCCAAACUGGUUACCAGAGACAACACGAAAGAGGCGGCUGGAAAAAAUUAACUCGAAAGAUCAGGCACUAUUAUCUUCUUCGGAAUGUAGUGACAUUUCACACAUCCCUUCAAAAGUUCAACGUCGUUCUUCAAGAGACCGUCUUACAUCGAUAGAAUUGGAAUCGGACAAGGAUUUAAUAGCCGAUGAAGAGGACUCUGGAAUAAGCACUGUGUCCAGUCAGCAAUCUAGUCAAGAAAAUUUAGCUGAAAAUAAACUGAAAUCAUAUUCGUCAUUGAUAGAAAAUUCUUCCACGUUAGGAUCAUAUAGAACUUUGUUAAACUUUCAAACAACAGCAUCGGCAAAAAAUAAAGAUGAAGGAAUAAUAUCCAAUAAAAAUGAUAAUUUUGACAAACCUCAAAAAGAUCUGAAACUUGAGAAAAGUUCAAACUUAAAGGAAAUUGGAAAUUCUCAAUCACAACUCGGUCUGUGCUGUAUUUGUUUCAGCCGGCCUAAAACUGCCAGCAUUGUUCAUGGCUGCACUGGACAUCAAGUCUGCUGUUAUAGAUGUGCCAAGCGACUGAAAAGACUUUCAAAACCAUGCCCCCUUUGUAGACGACCUAUUCAAAAGAUCAUUAAAAACUAUUUUGCUUAAAUAUUUAUAUAUGUAUUACUGGCCAUAUUGUUAAUCAUUUUGUAAAUUGCACUGCCAUGAAAGAAUUAUUAAUAAUAGUGAUCAUUUAUAUACAUAUAACCAUAGAAAACUUUGCCUUUAUUUGAAUUAUUAUCUGUUUCUUAGGCUUCAGUGAACUUGCCAAUGAAAUGAUUAAAAAAACAUCAGAUUUUCAAUAUUUUAAGGCAUUGGAAACAACCUUCCUGAGAUAUUUUUAAUAUUCAUUAAAGCAAUAAUUUUUUAUAAUGGAAUUUUUAAACUAUUAAAAAAUAUUUAUCUAAAUUAGACAAUUAUCUAGCCAAUUUGAAUUCAAAAGAUGCCAUAACAUUGGUUUUGAAUGGCCCUUAGAGCCUAUGAUAAAGUAUGGUUAGAUGUAUAAAACAUACUGUAGUGCAUUGUUAAAAUCUCAGCAUUUUGUUUUUUUUAUCAAUCAAGUUAUGUCAUUGUAUGUAUGUAUUAAUCUAUAUUUUUUUUACCUUAUUACUCACAUAUUUAUUAUGUUUGUGUUUCACUGGCUUGUAUUAUUUAUUUUUAUGUGCUGUUAUUUAAUUUAAGUACUAAUCAUAUUUAUUUUUGUGUCUUCAUAUGGCAGCUAUUAUUGGAUCAUGUUACAUGUGUAAUAGCAAUCUCUGUCUAUUACACAUGAUUAAAACAUUAAUUUCAUGAAUUUGAAGCAUAAUUGUCAUAUUAUUUAUGUUAAUGUGUUCUCCAAUGUAUACUGCAUAGACAAAUCAUUCAGCACUGUAGCAUCCUCUGGAUAUUUUACAAUUAACAAUUUCUACCAUUACAAUUUUCAUUCAAUAAGUAUUUGCACAGAUAUAUGUACACUCAUCAAUUUCAAAGUUUAAUGUGCAAUUAAACCAAUGUAUUAUUUAUUGCAUAAUUUAAUACAAAAUCUUC